AUGUCGACUUAUAUGUACUCUGCUUUACUCAUACUGCGCACUCAAGCUCGAUGUAACCGCGCAAAUGGCCGUCGCUGGUACUCCGACAAGCCAAUCGAUCCCCUUCGCAUCCUCUUCUGCGGCUCCGACGAAUUCAGCAUUGCUUCCCUGAAAGCUCUCCAUGCCGAACAGCUACAAGCACCACAAUCCAUCAAGUCCAUUGACGUUGUUUGUCGACCGGGGAAACGGGUUGGACGAGGGUUGAAGCAGAUUCGCGAAGUUCCGAUCAAGUCGACUGCUUCGGAGCUUGGCCUUAGGAUACACGAACUAGACACCUUCAGGGGAUGGACUCCCCCAGAUGGACCUAUUGACCUGAUUGUCGCCGUGUCUUUCGGCCUCUUCGUUCCCUCCAGAUUACUCACGGCUGCAAAGUACGGAGGAGUCAAUGUCCAUCCUUCAUUACUCCCAGACCUACGAGGUCCGGCGCCUCUACAUCACACCCUCCUCUCCGGGAAAACUACAACCGGUAUAACGCUUCAAACUCUCCACCAUAAACAUUUCGACCAAGGCAUGAUACUCGACCAAACACCUGCCCCGGGAAUCACAAUUCCAAAUCCAGAUUCAUGCACGGUACCGGAGCUGUUGGGCCUUCUUGCACCAAAGGGUGCGGAAAUGCUGGUCAAUGGCAUCCGGCAUCGCGUAUUCGUUCCUCCGUUGAAGGGUGUCAAGUCUCAAUUCAAAGAAUCUGACGCCAAAGACCUCACGCACGCGGCGAAGAUAACACCGCAGGAUUCUCAUAUUAAAUGAAACGAAUGGACCUGGACUGAGAUUCAACGGCGACAA